AUGUGGCGCAUCCUUCUUUGCCGACCCAGGGCUGGGAGGUCUGAACCAACCAGACACAGUGAAACAGCUGCAGGAAAGAAACUCCCGCAAGAACAGCAGCAGCAGCAGAAUUGUCCUGCCCUUAAGGGCCUUGCCAAAUUCAAGAAAAGGAAGAAAACUCCCAAGGGAGGUGACCCCAAGGCAAACACCCCUGGGGAUGGUCGUUCAACGGAGGAUACAGCCCAAGACCGUGCUGACCCUGAGCCUCCGGUGCCUUUGCACGCAGUCGGAGCAGCCAGCGUCAGGAGCGCCCCAAGUCCCGAAAACACCGGGGAUCUGCAGAGGCGCUACCAACACCUGGUGCUGGCCCUGGUAUCCAGCAAAUUAAAAAACCAGCAGCUCUGCACUGAGAUCCAACACCUGCAGCAAGAACAAGCCAAAGAGAACGGGAAGAGGGCCCAUGCGCAAGAUGCGCUGCAAACGCAGCUUGUGGAAGUCCACAAGCGGUGGAUCCAGAGGUUGCGUUCCGAAAAAUGCACCUUGCAAUCUGCCCUGGCCCACAUGCAGCAGGUGGCCGAGGAAAGCCACACGGAGCGUGAAGGUCUCAGCAGCCGCCUGCACGCUGCACAGCAGCACAUUGGAGAGCUCGAGCUCGCGCUGGCCGCAGUCACCACCCAGCAGCUUGACGCCGAGAAGCAAAACCUACAGCUCACCCAAGACCUCCGUCACGUCACGCUUCAGCUGCAGGCAAAGAGCAGGAGCUGUGAGGAUGCGCAAGCCAUGACCAGCGAUCUGCAGAAGCAGCGGGAAGUGCUCUGGGCCCAGAAGCUCCACAUGCAGACCCGAAUUCACAAGCUCCAACGAGCCCUGGAGGAGCGGGCGGUGCUGAGAAGGCAGGGAGCCAACCUGCGAGGCCUCGUGAAGACACUGCAGGCGGAAAGAGACCAGAUUGCGCAGGACCUGAGGAGGGAGAGGGCCGUGUGGGAGGAGAUGGCCCAGCAGCAAGCCGAGGAGCUGAACCAACUGAGAGAGGAGCGAGAACAGGCGCUGAACCAACUGAGAGAGGAGAGAGAGGAGUGGGAGUGGCAGGUGCUGGAACUCCAGGCCAACCAGGAGGAACUGACAGAGCAACUGGCAGCGCUGCAGGCCCCUGCGGGACCACGCCAGGCUGCGCACCAGCUGCAGGCCCAAGCAUCCCAGAUGCAGGAGGAGGUGAAGAACCUGGAGCAACCACUGCACGGCCAGGAGCAGGCAAACCAGAGCCCCCGUCUCCAGAACCUGGAGCAGCAGGAGCAGCUGUGCAGACUGGAGAAGAAGGGCGAGGAGUGGCCCAGGAUGGAUGAGCCCCCGACUUGCACACCUGGGCACGACGAAGAGCUCACAGCUCAGCUGGCCCAGCUGCAGGCGGCCUUCCACAGGCUGAGUGGCGAGCAGGAGGAGCUCGCCGGCGUCCUGACGUCGGAGCAGCACCUGAGGAAACAUGUGCAGGCGAAGCUGGAGCAGCAAGCGAAGGACUUACAAGAAUGGAAAGUUGUGGCUGAGACAGCAAGCCAGGCAGCUGAGGAUCUGCAGGAGCUACACGACCGCUACCUGACCCAACUGCAGGAUCUCAGAGCCACCUGCGAUCGGCACACAGCCGCCAAUCAGCAGCUGAGCUCAGAGAAGGAGAGGAGGCAGGACACACAGGUGCCCAAGAAGAAGCUGCAAAUCUGCGUCAUCCCCGACCUGCCUGACAGGGCGGAUUCCCAGAAUCAAGCGGGAGACCUGCAGGGUCCAUGCAGCCGGCUGACACAGCACAUCACAGCCAAGCAAGAGGCCAUCGCUGCCUGGGAAGACCAAAUGGAAACCCUGGCUCAGCUGCAUCAGGAGAAAGAGGAACAUGUCCACCAGCUCUGCGAGGAGAAGGAGAAGGAGGAGGAGGCGCUGCGGGAGCUGCUGCUGCGCCUGGCAGGGUCCCCCAGAAGUCCUACUGGUGCAUUCUCAGCCUCGUUCUGUGCCAUCAGCGCCUCCGAUGUUUCGUCCCCCACCCUACACCAGAAGUGGUCCGUUGUACCACCUGAUGGCUUACAAGAUGGCAUAGCCAUUGUUCAACUCUUGAGACAGGUCCCAACCCAUGGGGGAGAGCAUGGGCGUUUCCUGUUUCUAGUAUAUGUCCCCUUUACAACAAGUGACCUGCCGGGCUCGGGUCGCCUCUCUUUGGCACGGGGGUGUCAGGUUCUAAUCUAA